AGGCUAUGCGAAUGGCCUUAGACCAAUCUAGACUACUAACUACCUACCUAGGAAGCUAAUCUACCUAAGAUAAGCCGAAGAAAGGCAGUCUUGAUUUGCAUGCUGUAGACUAGUAUGGAUGCUUUAGGUUUUGAGGCAGUUACUAUACCUACCUACCUCAUAUCAGAUUCGAUUGAUAGAAUGGUUGCUUAGACUGUUACUAGGAUAGUACUUACCUUGGCGGAGGGAUUACGGACCGGGCAAAAUGGUGUUACGCGGCCCGGACAACUGAACUGUAAUCAACCCUAGGAUAAUAUGAUGGACUUCAUAUUUGCAGUGAAGGACCCACUACAAUGGCAUCAGACUAAUUUGGCUCUUAACCCCAAACAUUAUUCAGCUUUACGAUAUGGAGGUCACCACCUGAUAACCAACAUUCAAGACAACUGGGGAGCUCAUGUUUACUUCAACACACUAGUUCCUACCCAUGAAGGAGUAAUUAAGUAUGGAGUAGUAUCAAGACAAAAUUUGAUUACUGAUUUGCUUGACUGGGAUACCCUUUAUGUGGCAGGUCGUUUGCACAAGCCUGUGCUAAUGCUUUACCAAGAUCCUGAUGACGACGAACUCAAGAAUGCUUUGAAAAUAAAUGUUUAUGCAGCACUUCAUGCCGCUUUGCUUAUGUUGCCUGAAUCCUUCAGUGAAGAACAGCUUUUUAAGAUGUUAGCUGGAUUAUCAUACACAGGAGAUUUUCGAAUGCUUGUUGGAGAAGAUCAAAACAAGGUGUAUAAUAUUGUUAGAGCACAAACACAAGAAUUUAGAAAAUUGUAUAGCCCAAUAUUAAGUGAGCUGGACGAGUAUGUAAUUGUGGAUCACUUUAAAGGCAUGGGUGAACAAGAUACUUCCCCUCCAGCAAGACUUUAUCAUCUAUCUAUGUUACCAAAAAAAUUGCAGUUAAUGAUUAUCAAAGAAUGGAAUAGAGAUGGAAGAAGUAGAGACUUAGAAGAUGUCCUUCGAGCAGCUGCACAUGAUCCAGAUAGUGCCGAUGUUAUAGUCAAAGGUAUUCAAGACAUAGUGCAAAAGUCCAGUCUCACCCAAAGCAUAAAAGGAAUUAUUACAGCCGGGGUCAUCAAGUCGGUCAGAUAUUCCUUUUCAAAGCUGAAGAAGAUGUGGAAGAGUUUGAGGAGAUGAUCAGAUUGCAACAUAGUUCUUUUAUAUCAUAAUCUGUAUGGUGCUAGUUAAAAGAAAUAAAUUCCAACAAUCAUGUCUUGCAUUGGAGCUUGCCAUUGGAACCAAGAUUGUGGGUUUAAUGUGCAGUUAAGUAAAACUUGCUUUUGGCCCAUACCUUUUGAACUUGGCAUUCAUCAGCUGGAAUCUAAUGACUUUUCACCUGGAAGCUUUCUUUAAUAAGCAAAGGUGGAAGGGGUACAGAACCAUUCUCACAGACCAAGAGUAUGAUGCCCACUUGCAAAGUUUUAGCUGAAGGGCAAGGCUAACAGUAGGACAUGUGCAUAGCCUUGGAAGGGAGCUGAACCUCUGAAGACAAGCCAGUGCUUCUUCCAAAGCAAACUCAGGUAGCUUGUUAGGUAGGGUGAUGAUGUACCAGGAGAACACAUAUAGAAGAACCCAAAUGUUUCUGAUUAAACCUUAAUGGCACUCCUUGUAGUACAGAGCUCGCACUGCUGGGAAAGCAGGAAAAUAAAUUAGACUAUGAAAGAGAACCUGUGCUGAAAAAGAGAUACGUUAGCAGCCAAGUUGAGAAUCAAAAGAACCUUAUACUUAGACGUACAGCUACCCAAAGAGGUGAGCCCCAUCUGCAAACACUCAUGACAGAAGUAGCAAAGUAAGAUUAUCUCAACUCCAUGAGAAAAAAAAUUAUAGCAUCUAUGAGAAACCUACAAUGACUGCUUUCAGAGCAGGACCUGGUCACAACAGUGCUAACUGGGAGUUGAAAACCAGUGAAAGAACAGCUACUGCUGCAAAGGAGCUUAGAAGCUGAUGCCAGUGAAGAGAACGAGAUCUCUUCAAAUAGCUAAUCUGACAGUAGUAGAGGACUGCUACCUAGAGAGGGCAUGGAAGGGUCAUAAGGUUGUAGCUCAUAAUGCAGUAACUAGAAUAAUAAUGUCUGUCUAUCACAAAAAACCACAUCAUCAACCAAGAGUGAAAAAAAUACCCUAUCCCUAGCAGAAGCAAGAGGAGACAGAAAGAAAGGCAGUCCCACAGAGCUUCAGCAGACUUGAAGCCAAUUUACCAUUUACCUCAAAUACAGUAAAGACCAACCUCAUGCCAACCAUCUAAUAGGGUAAGGACUGAAAGAGAAGGAACUCUACACCAGCAUUCUACAGUACAAGUUAGGUAAAGCAAGUUGGAGAAGAGCAUCCCUGGAUCAUCCAAAAGAGUUUCAUGAUGAAAUGAUUUUCAUAAAAACUUACCCAGUUACAUUGUAAAUACAUGGUAUUCAGAAUAAUAAAUAAUCCUAUGCAUAAAU